UCAUCUACACAAUGCGGACACUUCACAUUCUCAUUUACACCCUGCUCUUCCCUCUCCUCUCGCUCUGCAGCCAAGUGUGUCCAGAGAAAUGCGUCUGUGAACAAACCGGAUCAGUGCAGUGUUUCAGGGUACAGUCCAUGCCCUCAGGCAUCCCGAGAGAUGUGAGAAAACUUAACCUGGGAUACAACCACAUUAAGGAGAUCAAGAAUCGAGAUUUGUCGGGUUUGCAAAGUCUUGAAGAGAUCAUCCUGUCUUCCUGUGGAGUGGAGCAGCUAGAGGGUAAUGUUUUUAGGGCCCAGAGGCUUUUAAAAACUCUGGAUCUCCAAAAGAACAAACUGAGGAACAUUCCUCGUGGCCUGCCCUCCAGCCUGGAGAGCCUUCACCUGGGUCACAACAGGAUCCAGACAUUGCAGGAGUCCACCUUGCAGGGUCUAAAGAAACUCCGCCUCCUGAACCUCCAGAAUAACCUCAUCACUACUUUACGCUCCAGUACUUUCUUAGCUCUCACUGUGCUGGAGGAACUAUAUCUGGAGGGUAAUAAACUCGAGGCCGUGCAAGGUGCCCUCAGGUUGCCAAUGCUGACUCAGUUAAGCUUAGCAAACAACAAAAUCCAUUCACUGCCUUCAGCUUUCUUCUCAUCACUGCAGCUUCUUAAAACAUUAGACCUGUCCUCUAACCUUUUGACUAAGGUGCCUCAUGACCUUCCUCAAGCUCUGCUUAACCUCAGCUUGGACAGGAACCAAUUAAGAAGUUUAAAAAGUCGUGAUUUGGCUCAGUUGCGUGAUCUGGUUACGCUGACUGCCUGCUACAACAGGCUGGUGUCGGUGGAUGGAGGCCUUCGCCUGCCCAGUCUGAGUGUGCUGGAGCUGGUAGGAAACCAGCUGCGUGUGCUGCCCGGGCGGCUAUCAGCCAAACUGGAGAAGCUUGAUUGUGGGCAGAAUCACAUCCAGGAAGUGAGCCAUCAGCAGCUAUCUGGACUGAAGCAACUGCGCCAUCUUUUUCUGGAGAACAACACCAUCCGACACUUUGAGAGCAAUGCUCUGAGGCACUGUGCUCACCUGACUAACCUGGCUUUAGAGAAGAACCUGCUCUCCACGUUUCCAAACAGGCUUCCUGAAACCCUGGUUCGCUUGGAUUUGAAGGGGAACAAUAUAGCCAUGAUUAAGGAGCAUGAACUAAAGUCUCUGAAGCGGCUCCAGGUGUUGAAUCUGCGCAACAACAGGCUCUCAUCGCUGCCUGCUAUGAACCUGCUGCCCAAACUGAGGACGCUGUAUGUUGACGGAAACCCCUGGAACUGCAGCUGUGACCUGUUCAAGGUCAAGAGGUCUCUGCAGGCGAGAGACGUCGAUAUAAGCUCUGAUUUCUGCACUGAGGCUGUUCAGACAUCAGUGGACAUUUGGCAGGCGUAUGUACUGACACAGGAGAAGUGUGAGGAGACUGAAGAGUCAUUACCAGAGAGCCAGACUGAACCCACAGACAAUGAGGACUACUAUGAUUACGAUCUUUUGUAAAGUUAAUAAUUUGCCAUCUGUUUUUGAUUUUCCAUGGAUUAUGCUUUUUGUGUUGAUUUAAACAUAAUAAAUGCAUCAUCCAUUCCUACACAA